GCGAUGGCGGCGUCGGCGUCGUCGUCGGCGGCGGCGAGGUGGAAGGACCGCGGCAGCCCCCCGAAGCACCGCCACGACGGCACAUCGCCGCUGCCGCUCGGCAUGGACUGGAGCCCGCCGCCCAAGCGAUGGGAGGGAAGGAACACCGUGUGGCCACAUAACCCUCAAACAGGCUGGAGUUACUGCGUGACGAUACCUUCUUGGAUUGCUCAAACACCUGAAGCUGGUGCAACCUCUGACAACUUCUUGAAAUCUAUAGUUUUUUACAGGAUACAUGUUGGUAUACAAUCUCCGGAAGGUGUUAGCUCUAGCCAUGGAGUUCUUCGAAGGUUUAGUGACUUUCUGAAGUUGGGUUCUGAUCUUAAGCGUGCGUUUCCAAGAAAGGAGAUCCCCCCUGCUCCACCGAAGCAUGCCUUCUUAAGAAUAAAUUCAAGCAGGUUGCUUCUAGAAGAGAGAAGGAACACUUUGGAGGAGUGGAUGCAAAAGCUGCUUUCUGACAUUGACUUAGCGAGAAGUGCUCCUGUUGCUGCUUUUCUUGAACUUGAAGCUGCUGCACGCUCAUAUUUCCAAGAUUGGAAUCAGCGUCCUCCUGAAGCAGGUACUUCAGUAAAAAGCAGUAUGGAUUCUUCUCGUCAUCGUGAUGAUCCUGGUUCAAGUGCUCUCUCCGAGUCCAGUCAAAUGAAUCCAGGGCUUGUGCGUAGUACCAGUCUGGCAGGAGCAACUGGUAAUGGUGUGCUGGGAGAAUCUAUAUUAGGUCAGUCUGAUCAGCAUGUCGGUAGUGUGUCGAAUCGCAGGAAAGAGAGUCUUAUCUUCCCGGAACAUGAUGGAAGGAAUGGUUCGGUAGAGACUUCCAAGGGAGUAAUUUCUGAAGAGGACUGCGAUUCUAAUCCUGGCCAUGCUCGGAAAGAUUCUUCUGAAAGUUUAGGUAGUGAUUUGAGUUCUUUAAGAGGCAGUGAAUUUUCAACUCCAGGGGCUAGUAGUUCGCUGUGGGAUGGUCCCGUUGAUCUCCCAAGUGGUGUGGAUGGACAUAGUCAAACAGAACAACUUGCUGGUGUAGAUAUGCAGUUUUUGUAUGAUGUGGAUACACAAGUCAUCCUUCCAACUGAUCAGAAACAGAAGUUGACUAGACUUUUGAUCACCAUGCAAAGAAGAAUAGGGACAGCAAAAACCGAUAUGGAGGAUCUCAUAGCACGCCUAAAUCAGGAAGUAGCAGUCAAAGACUAUCUUUCCACAAAGGUAAAAGAUUUGGAGGUUGAAUUGGAAGCUACAAAGCAAAAAGGCAGAGACACAUUACAGCAAGCUAUCUUAGCUGAAAGAGAGAGGAUUACGCAGAUGCAAUGGGAUAUGGAUGAGCUUCGGAGGAAGUACUCUGAGAUGGAGUCAAACCUGAAGAUUGAACAAAAUGAGAAAACUCGUGUGGAGUCAGAGAAAACAACUACCAGUGGUGACAGAGAAGAGUUAGUUGAGGAACUUGAGACGAAACGAAAAGAAGUAGAGAGUUUGCAGCGGCAUCUUGGAGAAGUUGAGGCAAAAUCUAAAACAGAUAUGAAGGUUCUUGUUAAAGAAGUCAAGUCUCUUAGGAAUUCUCAAAAGGAGAUGAAGAAAGUAUUGAGUCAGUAUCUUGAGGAGAAGACUGAACUAGAGAGGAUUAUUAAUAGAGAGAAGCAACGGUCAACACGUGCGAAGUCAUCCAAUGAAAAAAUUCUUAAAGAAUGUGGAUUACUUCGUGAGCGUCUACAAGAAGAACAAUACAACUUGACUGUUGAUCCAUCAUCUUUGCCUGGUGCACUAGACCUUCUGGCGGCAUCAGACGGCAAAAUACAGUUUCUAAUUGCUGAGGCUCAGCUUCUAGCUCAAGAUGAAGAACAGGGCUCUUCUGACGAUGACGAUAAAUCUUCGACCACCAUGAGCAUCCAAGGCGCAAACAACACUGAUGAGGCAAUGAGAAAGAUGUUGUCUGACCUGCUCAUUGACAAUGCGCAGCUGAGGAUACGCGUCAACUCCGUCAUCCGCAACGUCGUAAUUACGUCAGCCGCGAAGCCGGAGGAGAAAGAAGACGCCGUUGCUGACGGAGCCGUCCCAAAAAAGACGGUUCUCAACUGGUUGCUGGACAGAUAGAGACGUUGACGAUGUAUAUAUUUUCCUGUGAAUUAGCUUGCGGCCCAAUCAAAGUUCAUAUGAUGAGUAAUCUGUAUACUGCCAGAGUAACAACAGGGAAGUUCAUACAGGCCUGUUCCCUCUGGUUUCGGCGUGUCGUGGUGUUGUAUUAUUGGUUGUUGACAUGGAAAUCGGUGGAGGACUAUAUAUAUGUAGCUGGAUAUGGGGACUUUCUUCGGUUGGAGUAAAGAUAGAGAAAAAUAACAGGUCCCCUGUUUUGUGCCA